AUGGCCGACCAGCUUGUCCAACAUAACCUCGCCGUUGACUCUGCUCCGGCAGAUGAUCACAACACCAGCAGUUCAGACGAGAAGAAGAGCUUGGAUGCGUCUGUAGAAAUCAAGAGCACUGAUGCUGGUAUUCUUGCCGUGGAUGAUCUCGCCUACAAAGACGAAGCGUUAAAACUGGUUGGGCUCGAACGGACAGAAGUCUUCAGCGAAGAAUAUUACCGUCGCCUUCGACGAAAGCUUGACUUAACCAUCCCUCCCCUUUGCAGUAUGGUGUAUUGCACGCAAUAUUUAGACAAGACUGCAUUAAAUUAUGCGAGGUACCAUUACCCCGCUUGUAUUCCCAUAUUUUUCUUACCGCCUGCCAGCAUCAUGGGGUUUCCUGUCACAGGCCAAGGAUAUAAUCUCGUUGCUCUAUCAUUCUACAUUGGCUUCCUCGUCUGGGUUUUCCCGACUAUGUACAUUUCUCAGAAGACACGUAUUGCUAAGUAUUUGGGGAUAAAUGUCGUUUUAUGGGGCAUCGUUAUGAUGCUCCACGCCAUUCCGCGCACGUUUGCACCCUUUUUUGUAUUACGAUUGAUUUUGGGGAUGCUCGAGAGCUGCGUCGCCCCCAUUCUCAUUCUCAUUAUAUCCAUGUUUUACAAGAAAUCAGAACAGGCUUCUAGGAUAUCGUGGUUUUACAUGAUGAACGGGUUUUCGUCAAUCAUUGGUGGUUUCCUCGCAUAUGGCGUGUCGUACACCUCCGAUCCCAACCUCCCUUCCUACAAGAUCAUCUAUAUCCUGCUGGGGGCACUCGCCAUCUUAUCUGGGAUUGCUGUUCUCUUGUGGAUGCCUGAUUCUCCUACAAAUGCUAGAAUGCUGAGUAGAGAGGAGAAGAUUGCAGCCAUAGAGCGUAUCCGAGACGAUCAAGGUGGGACCGAGAACAAGAAGCUCAAGAAAGAUCAACUCAUAGAGACGCUUACUGAUCUGAGAACUUGGCUUGUGGUUCUAUCGACGCUCCUCACCAACAUCCCUAACGGCGGACUAGCCAACUUCAGUAACAUCAUUAUCAAGAAUUUUGGUUAUACAACGAAACAAACCCUCAUCUUAGCAACUCCCGCAGGCCUUAUCGGUAUUAUUACGACUCCUUUGGUUGGCUGGUGGUCAGACAAGAAGGGGGAGAGAAUGCUCCCAAUCGUGUAUAUUCUGAUUCCAACAUUAGUUGGUGCGGCAAUGCUCGUCGGAUUGAACGGCUCAACGGACAAGGGUGCACUGCUAUUUGCAACGUACAUAAUUGGCACAUACGGGUCUUCACUUUCUCAAAUCUACGCGUACAAUGCGAGUAAUACAAGCGGGCACACCAAAAAGGUGACCAUCAACGCCAUCACUCUGGCCACCUUUUGCGUUGCCAACAUCGUUGGCACGGAAACAUUCUUGCCUCAAGAUGCACCGAACUACAUCCAAGGCAAGAUUUCGAUUCUAGUUUUGCUCAGCGCGGAGUGCUUCCUUUGCCUAUUCAUGCGUUGGUACAAUUUACAUCUGAACAAGGGCAAGCGACAGGCCAUUGCCCAAUUAAAGAGGGACAAUGGGUGGACUGACGCAGACAUAGCAAAAGAGCGUGAGCGACACGCGUUCCUCGACAUGACCGAUAAACAGAACCCUUACUUUGUGUAUACUGCAUGA